UGGAGUUCAAAUAAUUGACCUAUAGUGUUUUCAUAACGAUAGUGACAUUGGAUGGAGACAUUGAAAUCAAACAUUAGAAAACAUUUCCUCGGAUGAAUUACAACUCAAAAUAUUAUCUCAUUCAGUUUUUGAAAGCAGACAAUGGUAGCAAAAUCAAUAUUGUAGUGUUAACAAAGCUAGAGAAUACCUAGAGCUUAGAUACACUGAGAAAUGUAGUGAAGUUAUUAUUUCUAAAAUAAACUAACGACGACCUGCAAGAUCCUGGUUUUGAUAGCCCAUGGUACGCCUACAAGAGUGAUGGGUUUAACAUGCAUUUCCAUUGCUUUAUUCUUAGCUAUGCUAUGCAUGCGUGCAGAAACUCGAGUAGGCUUGCCUUGUACUUCCAAAAACGAAUGCUGGUGUGAUGAAUGCUGCGUCUUCGAUAGAUCAGAAGCAAAAACACAAAAACAAUCGUUCAAUAAAACACAGGGGAUAUGUAAACGCCUAAAGUUUCUAAAUGAAGAGUGCCUUCUUGACCAAUCAAAGCGUCUUGAACGCAACAUUGCGUAUGAUUGCCCUUGUGGGAAGGGCUAUACAUGUGAAAGUGUCGGCGCUACUGAAAGAAGAUUCUUUUAUAUUGGAAAGAAGAAACUUAAAUCAGGAAUAGGUUUAUGUAAGCCUCAGUUUUGUGUGAAUACUAACGACUGUGGUCAGACACAAUGUUGCCUCAGAGUAUUUGGGGUGAAGUUGCCAUAUCUUUCUAAAAACCCAAGGCAGGACAGAAAAGCGGUGGGAAAGUGCACGGAAUUAUCAAAAGAACGUCAAGUUUGUUUGAAAUCAGCGAAUAUUCGCAACAACCGUGCCUCGUAUGACCAGUAUUGUCCAUGUAUGCGUGACCUUAUAUGCGAUGACGUGAGUGCUUCGCUACCAAUCGGGGUAGGAAUCCCGAUCGGGUUUAACCCUAUAACCAAAGGAAGGUUUGGGGAGUGUAAAAGAUAUACAUGUGCGAAACAACGAGAUUGCGCAAAAGACGAAUGUUGUGUGUUGGAUAAAAGGGAAUAUGAAAGAACUGGCAUCGUUCCUGAAUUUGGAACAUGUCGACAGCUUGGGAAAUGUGGUGAAGCAUGUACUGUUGGUACAUUAAAACCUCUUCAAGAGACUAAACCGAUGUUUAUUGACUGCCCUUGUAAAGAACAACAAUACACGUGCAGACCACAGAAUCCCAACAUCACUGAUACAUUAGGGGCUCUUGGAACUUGCCAAAAAUGGUCAGAGGAAGAAAAGGAGCAACGGCGACUAGAAGAGGAAAGAAAAAAGUUAAGAAAUGAGCUAGAAAAUAAAGCUGGCCCAGGACUAUACCCUGCUGAAGUGGGUGUAUAAUCAUAGUACAUACAAAAUAGU